AUGAGGGAGGAUGAUUCGAACUGGUUUUCCAAAUGGGAGGAUGAAUUGCCGGCGCCGGAGGAGCUUACCCCCCUUUCCCAGACCCUAAUCACCCCUGAUCUGGCCCUCGCCUUCAACAUCCCCGGCCCCCACCACGCGCCGCCGCCGCCGCCUCCCCCUCCGCCUCACUCCGCCGCCCUCUCCUCCCAGCCCAACUCCUCCGCCGAGUUCGACUCCGGCGGCGCCGCCGCCGACGAGCCCGCCCGCACACUGAAGCGUCCCCGCCUCGUGUGGACCCCACAGCUCCACAAGCGGUUCGUCGACGCUGUGGCCCACCUUGGCAUCAAGAACGCCGUCCCCAAGACCAUAAUGCAGCUCAUGAGCGUCGACGGCCUCACCCGCGAGAACGUCGCCAGCCACCUCCAGAAAUACCGCCUCUACCUCAAGCGUAUGCAGGGCAUCUCCUCCGGCCCCGGCUCCGCCGCCGCCGUCGACGCGGCCACCGACCACCUCUUCGCCAGCUCCCCUGUCCCCCCUCACUUCCUCCACCAGGCUCGGCCCUGCUCCACCGGCCCCUCCUCCGACCACUUCUUGCCGCUGGUCCCGAUGUCUAUGCAUCACCACCACCACCACCACCAGAUGGUGGGCCCUCCGCAGCCGCAGACGCCAGCGGCCGCCCACCACCAGAUGCAGCAGCAUUUCCGGCAUUUUGGGGGCUCGCAGAUGCAGAGGAUCGGGACGCCGGUCCACGGAAGCAACGGUAUGGGCCCGCUGGGUUACGCUGAUGACGUGGAGCCGGCAAACGGGAGAAAGGUCCUCACCCUUUUUCCGACCGGAGAUGAUUGA